AUGAAAAUGCGCAAAUCAUUAGCACACUCAUUGCUCAUUUCAGAAUUAUUCAGCCAAUUAAGAUUUCCAAUAAAGCCCAUCGAUUUGAAAAAACGUAUAGAAAGUCUUAUAGAACGAGAAUAUAUGUCUCGAGAUAAGGAUGAUGCUAAUAUGUAUCAUUAUGUUACGUAA